UUUCGAGUUCUUGAUACGCGCUUCGGUAUAUUAGACUUACCUCGAGAUACAGCACAGCUACAGAGCUGGUAAGCACACCUUAUCUAUUCAAAAUUCAUCUCCAGAGGUGCUGUCGAUUUACGCACGUAACUCGGGCUGUAGGAGAGCUACAGAGCUCGUACACAAGGCAAUCCAGAAGCAUCGGGGGCGUUCGGCUGUUGCAUCGAGAGGUCUGAAAUCGCUUGGGCUGAAAUACUACUCGUUCUCUGCAUUUUUUUUCGACAUCAUGUAUUGUCAGGAAGCUCUACGAGUCCCCCUCUGCAAUCUUUCGCUAUGCCACACGUACGGAGUGCAAGUGCUCGCAUCAUGCGUCGGGCGCUGGCUGUUCAAAACGGAUACUGUGUGCAUUUACCUAUUCGUUUGCCUCUGGAUGGUUUGUGCCACCUACGUGUUUCCCACCACCAGGGCUGGAGCGGGCGACUGCCGAUUUGGUUCUAGAUUAUCUCUUGUUGCGCGAUCCACCUGUUGUUAAACGCAGUUUGGAGGAGGAGGCUGACAUUACGACUGUUUCGGAGAAUCUUUCUUGCCGUAUGCAGGCUUCUGAGUCGCUGGUUGAUGUAGGUAUUGGAGUGCAGGCUUCUGUAUCGCUGGUUGAUGUUGGAGUGCAGACGGUUGAUGCACGCUUGGCGGAGGAGGAGGUGGAGGCUACCGUUGCGACUAUCUCGGAGACUCUUUCUUGUCGUUCCCUUGUUGACUCAGGAGUGCAGACGGAUGAUGCUUGCCUGACUGUGCUACCCAAGGAGGAGGCGGCCGUUACGACACAUUCGGAGAAUUCUUGUGCGGAUGUUGUGGACUUUCAUUGUGAAGUCGGCUGUCAGACAGAGAUGGUCGUUGGGAUGGAGGGAGGAGCUUCAGGAGUUCUUCUUCGGAAAGUGACUGUGGAGGCUGAGGAGGAGCUGGAGGCAUCCUCGAGAGCGGAGUUUUCUCCGAACGUGCAGGCUGAUCCUGAUAGCCACGCCUUGUCAGGAGCGUCCCAGGGGUGUCUGAAUCGUCCCGUCACGCUCAAUGGGAUAUCGAAUCCGGGUUCUGAUGCGUUUGUCCGUGUCCGGAUGGACGUCUCCAGGACUGUGCGUCAGUCGGAGGAGGAGUUCCAAGCUGUUCCUCCGGAUUCCAAGCGUUCUGAUGGAAAAGGGGAUGUACGAGGGCACCGCAAAGGCAGAGGCAAAGGCCAACGAUAUCAUAGCAGUGCCAAGCCUGCUAAGAGCUCUAAAGGCGCCAACAUCGUGUUUGACGAAGUGUAUAGGUACGGUAGGACGUUGACGGACUGUGAACGAAGGUGUAAAUCUCAGGUUUGGCCUCUGUGGUAGAUAUUCGUAUUCUUCGAGUGCUUCCUUUCAUUCCGUACUUAUUGUAUUGGAUUGUUGAUUGUGAUGGCAUAGUCUCUUUUGUUUGUGCUCUAAGAAUUCAGUGUGUGCAUGUUCAGUUCUUGGCCAGGUCUCCUGGCUCUCACGUCGUAACAUUAUCCUUGCCUUAUCAAAGCCAGCUUUGAUGAGGGCUUUGCCGCGGAAGUGCCUGUGGUGGGUGUGGAUACAGAUUGGUCUGCGUAACAAAUAUAUCUUCUCGCGGACCGACAUCAUUUUCAAGGAUGUGUAUCUUGAGGCUUGGUGUCUGCCACCGAGCGCCGCUGUUACAGGUACGGAACUAUCAGCGGCGGAGCGCGUAUGCGUUGUGCUCCCACAGGUAGUGCAGACCUUCUUUGAUCAUUCGCAGGGAUAAGUCACACAUUGUUUCUUCUUUUUCUGUGUUCUUGUUUAUUCCAACAGCUUCGCUGUUCACCGACUCAGUCGUUUUAUCUUUGUGUGCUUUGCGUUUGAUUGUGUCAUUGCGGCAUGCGUUUCUCUUUAUUCCUUCAGCUUCGCUGUGUGGUAUAAGAGCUGACUGCUUGCGUGAUAAAUAAGAGGCUCUGUUUCGCCUGAUACUUUGUUGGACCUGGCCUUAGUGGCCAAGACGGUCCCAGCAAAGACGCAAAAAAGUUCUUCAGUGUGCUUCUGCGUUUGAUUGUGUCAUUGCGUGCUUCUGAUUCUCUUUGUUCCAACAGCUUCGCUGAUGUGAAAUAAGAGCUGACUGCUUGCGUGGCAAAUAAGAGGCUUCGCUUCGCCUGAGACUUCGUUGGGCCUGGCCUCAGUGGCCAAGAUGGUCCCAGCAAAGACGCAAAAAAAUCUGGUUGACGGUUUACUGCCGGCUCCCAGUGGCGUGCCGUGCCUUUGGAUUGCUGCGUGCGCGAGCAGCGGCCCUUUGGUUUCACUUGCUUGCGUUCAGGCACACCCGACGAUGUCAGUAUCUCGUAGAGCUCUUCGGCAUCGAUGAGCCUGAGGAAUUCCUGCGCGGGGUGGAGCUAGUUGGCGCACCUGGCCCGGGCGGACAAUGUGAGAAUAGGGAUAUUAAUACCAUGUGCCACGCAACAGUAAUGCAGGGCGCACGCGGUGCUGGGCCUGCCCCGUCGCGGGGUUGCGAACCUCGCUACGCUUCGCUUCGCCUGGCAGCAGGCGCGUGGUAGCGGGCGCGUGCCCACAUGUCUGCUGUCUGGCAGCAGGCGCCGGGCCGCGGGCACACAUCUGUCACGAUGGCAGGCUGUGCAGCCUAACGUCGUGCUCAUGGCCGCAGGCUUUCAACGCCUACGCGUUAUCGUCGCGUAGCGUGCGCGCGCACUGUGCCUGCUUAGGACGUGUUGCCGAUCAGUGGUCGCUUGUCCUCGGCGCGCCGCUGGCAAUUCUUGUCAGUAUCAUAACCUUUAGUGCGCUUGGCGACCAGCUGUUACUAGUAAGCUGUAUAAGGAGCGGCUGUUGGUAUCCCAAAAGGCGGGUCCCGGCGAGGGAAGUCAACGCUCGCCUCUGACGUCGCACGAAAUAUUAUCUUCAUCGACUAAGUCUGGUGUCGCGCCUUGAUCACAAUCAUUGCGAUGCCUAGCUGAUAUGUCGAGCAGGUGCGGGCACAUCCGCAACCUUUUUGGGCUUAAGGUGUCGACAGCAGGAUCUGACAAUCCACCGCGACUUUUGAAGUCCUCAUGUCUUCUUCUUGUACUCCGCCUGUUCCUCCUGUUCCCCCGUCGUUCAUCC